AAUGGUUUUACCCAGAGGGCCCUGCGCCGCCUUUCUCCGCUGGCACCGGCGCUGCUCCCUGCUGCUCCUCCCCGGCCAUGGCGUUCACGUUCGCGGCCUUCUGCUACAUGCUGGCGCUGCUGCUCACCGCCGCGCUUAUCUUCUUCGCCAUCUGGCACAUUAUAGCAUUUGAUGAGCUGAAGACUGAUUACAAGAAUCCUAUAGACCAGUGUAAUACCCUGAAUCCUCUUGUACUUCCAGAGUACCUCAUCCAUGCUUUCUUCUGUGUCAUGUUUCUUUGUGCAGCAGAGUGGCUUACACUGGGUCUCAAUAUGCCCCUCUUGGCAUAUCAUAUUUGGAGGUAUAUGAGUAGACCAGUGAUGAGUGGACCAGGACUGUAUGACCCUACAACCAUCAUGAAUGCAGAUAUUCUAGCAUAUUGUCAGAAAGAAGGAUGGUGCAAAUUAGCUUUUUAUCUUCUAGCAUUUUUUUACUACCUAUAUGGCAUGAUCUAUGUUCUGGUGAGCUCUUAGAACAACACACAGAAGAAUUGGUCCAGUUAAGUGCAUGCAAAAAGCCACCACAUGAAGGGAUUCUAUCCAGCAAGAUCCAAGAGUAGCCUAUGGAAUCUGAUCAGUUACUUUAAAAAAUGACUCCUUAUUUUUUAAAUGUUUCCACAUUUUUUGCUUGUGGAAAGACUGUUUUCAUAUGUUAUACUCAGAUAAAGAAUUUAAAUGGAAUUACGUACACGUUAAUAUAAAAUGAUUACCUCUGGUGUUGACAGGUUUGAACUUGCACUCCUUAAGGAACAGCCAUAAUCCUCUGAAUGAUUGUGUUAAUUUCUGACUGUCCUUAGUCCAUUUGAAGUUUUGUUUAUAGGAACUUGUAGAGCUCAUUUUGGUUUUAUUGAAAUGCCAUCUAAUUAUAAAUUAGCAGUAGAUAUCAGGUGCUUCUGAUGAGCUGAAAAUGUAUAUCUGACUUGUGGGAAACUUCAUGGGUUUCCUCGUCUAUGCUGUAGAUGACUACAUAAGGAUACAUUUACAAAAAUAAGAAUAGUUGGAUUUUUUUUCCCCUUUGACUUGAAUAUUAUCCCUGAAAAUUGCAUGAAUGAGAGAUUUCCUAUAUUUCCAUCAGAGUUGCUUUAAUUCUUAAGCAUAAGUGAACAUGAUAUAAAAAUAUAUGCUGAAUUACUUGUGAAGAAUGCAUUUAAAGCUAUUUUAAAUGGUUGUAAGACAUUACUUACUAAGAAAUUGGUUAUGCUUACUGUUCUAAUCUGGUGGCAAAGGUAUUCUUAAGAAUUUGCAAGUACUUUAGAUAUUCAAAACUGAAUGAGAGAAACUUGUAUAACCAUCCUACUGUUCCUUUAGUGCAAUAUAAUAAAACUCUGAAAUGAAGACUUAUUUUCAGUGCAUUGUUUUAAAGAUUAUGAAUAGCUAUUUCUUAAACUUGCUUAAUCCAUAGUAAAAACAUUACUGUCAUUUUUUUAAAAAAAUAGUAGAGUAUUGUGGUUUUUCUUAAAAAUACCAUGCCUGAAUCUAAAAAGGAAGGUUUUUAAAUGGCCAGGCACAUUACCCUCUGUUGUCAUUUGACAGGAUUCAUAAACGUUGAUGGCACAGCAUCAUCAUUUCUUUUACUGGUUAAACAAAAUUACUGUGGCAUCUCAAAUGUUUUAAUUUUUUUUUUCCUUUUUGAAACAGCUGGUUUUAAGAUAAAACAAUUUGUAAAUUUGAGAUUUUGCUGUUACUUGUAAGACAGGUAAAUUAAGGCUUGCAUCUUUUUGUAAACAUUCUUGUGCUUUAUUUGGGAUGAGGAAGUUGAGGCAAUUGAAAAUAGUAUAAGUGGUUUAGAACUUUCUUGAAUGAUGGAUCAGAGAAAGAAAACCAAUAUAUAGAAAUUUCACAUAAUGAUAAGGGAGUUUAUGGAUAUGUUUGUGGAAGUCUGAGAACUUCUUGAAUUAGAUGCUGUUUUAUUCUCUACUAGUGAAAAAGAGCUUUGGAAUAAUGCUUCCCCCACCUUUGAGAGAAUAGCUGUUACUGUUUUGAGAGUGGGUUAUGGGAGUGAGUGUGGUGAAGAAGAGAACGUAGAAUCAGAAGAGCUAGGAGAGUUGAACUGUUGUAUAACAAGGAAGGCGUUAGAGACCUUGUAUGUUAUAGUCUGGAGGACAUCUACAGGGAUCUGACUCUUUGUCAGUUCUUGCAGUAAAUUAUUGAGUACUUGGCACUGAAGACUCAUGCUUUGAAUACAAGCAAUCAUUCAGUUUUUAAUCCACCUAAUAAUAUCAGCAUCCAUUCCUCAUUUUUCUUUUUUGUUCACGAGUACUUUUGAUCAUGAGAGACCUAGACGAGACAAAUCUAUAAUCCAGAUAGAUUUCUUGGGGCUGUUACUUUAGUAUUUGUGAAUUUUCGUGAACCCUUGCUGUCUCUUAGCAAAUGCUACUUUAUAAGUUUUAACAAACAUCCUUUUAAUUAUCUAUCCUAGAAUAUUCUCCAGGAGUACUGCAAAGUUUAUUGGUUGGAAUUUGUGGAAGUCACUUUUCUCAUCCUUCCAAAAUUAGAUAUGUAGUCCUCAGCUGAUUCCUCAAAGAUGAUUGACAGUGAGGUUUCCCCAGCUCAGUGGUAGAUUGUUAGCCUCUAGGUAUGUAAAUGUUUAGAAGAUUGACUACCUGGAUGCUCUCAUAAUAUCUACCCACCUUUACCUUUUCAGUGUUUUUUUUUAAAAAUUAGGUCAUUUACAAAGAGAAAGCAGAAACGAAGUACUUGCAUUUGAUAAUAACCCACAGGCUAUUUUCUUUGUUCUGAGUUUAAUUUCUUCUCCACAUUAAUCUAUUUGGAGUGGCCCUAGCCUUACCUCUAUUAUUUCUGCUGGUUCAGCUGAGGCAUAGUUAGCCCAGGUUUAUAGUCCUUUCCAGUUUAUAUCAGAUAAUCCCUGUGUAGUGACGGCUAUUUGUUUGGGUAUUUUUCUUCCUUGUUAUAAUGACUUUUGAUAUUAUGUGCUUUAUCUUUAAGAGCUUUUCAACUCUCAGAAACCAUUUUCCCAUUUGUGCCUAUUUUAUUGCAUCUAGUGUAACACUUUGGGUAUAUCUAUACCAAAAAUUUUUUGUUGCUGUGGAUUCUACAGAUUCUCCUGGAUUAAAAAUCUUAUAUAAUACAUGUAGUCUGUUUAGCAGUUAUUCUACUGAGUAAUAAUAUUAUCAUGGCAAUAUUUCUCUGUCGUACCAAGGAGCUGUAGGAUAGAAACUAUUUAAAUGUUAUUGAUGAUGUUUCAUGGUUUUCACAAUGCUUAACUGAUAUUCCCCACUCCCUAUUCCAGGGUAGAGGAGAGUUCGGUCUCAGGCUGAAGUCUGAAUUAUUUAUUUUUUAUAGGAAAAAGAUGUGAUAGGAAAUGACCUGACAAUCCACUUUUGAAAUGUAUUGCGUAUUAGUAAAACAUUUUUGAAGUCUCACCAGUUAUUCUGUGAACCGCCAGAGUUACCAGUCAGGUUCAGAUACCCAGAUUAUGGUCUAUCACAAGGCAGUUUGUAGCAUGUGCCUCUUUUAAAGCCUAAAGUAUUUUUCAGCUUGAGACCACUCAUGGUAAUAGCUCUCAUAGAACUCUUCCUGCUUCCCAAAUCAGCAUAUUUUGAGGAUAUGUCAAAUAUUUACAUAGAAAGGAAAUAGAGCUGUAUGUGCUUUGAAACUGGCAAAAUAUUUUCCUUUGUACAACACUUUUCUUUUUCUCCAGUUAUAUGUUUAUGAAUAUUGUUCAUGGUAUAUUAUUGCCAUGGUACAGAUAAUGACUUCUGUAGUUCUCUUGUACCUUGCAGGGAUGAGCUUUCAUUUUAGGUGUGGCUGUAUCAUAGCAGUAUGAUAUACCAACCCCAUUCAAAUAAUGGUCUGUAUUUAGAAAUAUACAUCUAGUUUCCUUAUGUCAUUUAACAUCCAUAAUGUGCAUGUCUAUAUAAUCAUUUGUAUAGUAUAAACGUAAAUAAAAUUUUGAUGGCCAAAAUAUUCUAAAACAACACUCUUCUUGGAGGGGGAAAGAAAAAUAUUGAUAGCUGUCUAGCAUUGUUCAUAAAAGUUAUUCAUAUUCAUCCUUUUUGGAAACUAUUAGUAUUAUUAGUCUCAAAUAAUCUUGAGUUCUUUUGCUCAAAUCAGUCAUUGAUCUGCAGUCAGACCAGCAGCUAAUAAGUCUCUAGUACUAGUAAUAGAGCUUAGAAAAUGCUUCUGAACUAAUACUUCAGAGUGAUGCCAAGACAAAAAAUGUGGUUCUAUUUCUGGAUAUAUUGAUUAGAUUUCUUAUAGCAAUUUUAUACUGACUAAAAUUCAGAGUUGCAGAGCUAAAUGUUUGAAAGGAGUAAAUAACUGCUGCUUGUUCAGUUGGUUUUGGAAAAUAGUAUUAACCAUAUGAAGUGACUGAUCUGUGGGGUUGGAGUAAAGGUUUUGUCCUGCAUUAAUUUUAUCAAUGCAUAUUGUAGAUGUGUAGGUCAUUUUGGCAUGCAAAAGAAUGAAUUGCAUCUUCAAAUAUGUUAAUUGUAUUGUACAGUGCUUUUUCUAAAUAUUUAAAUUUAUUUGGUUACCAUGUUCAUAUAUUCUGGAGAAGAAAAAUUUCUUAAAUAGAUUAAUGACUAGGUAGACCCUAAAACUAUUAAGAGAAACAUAAAAUGUAGUUAGUUAUCUAUGCUCAUGGUUUGUUAAAAUCUAAGUUAACCAUAAUGGUGCUGUACCACUGUCCAAAGAAAAUGUCCUUAUAGCCCUACCUUACUCCUUAGAGCUUGCUUAUUUUGCUUUUGUAUAUUUAAUAAAAACGGUCUCAAAUGU